AUUUCCAGGCCUUCCAAAACUUCUGUCUGCUUUGGUCUUGUCCCAUGAAGGCUCAGCCAGAUCAAACUCACCAAACAUUACUGUUUGGAAAGCCCCGUCGUCUCUGGACAACCAGGAUGUGGGCAGCCAGCUGAAUGAGCAUCCUCUUCCUUCUCUUGAUGCCACAUCUCCUUUGGGAGAGCUGCCCCAUGCUCUGUCGCAGCUUCAGGUGUAUUCUUCCACUUUGACAAAUCGCAUACGCCACGCUCUCUCACCUAGUUACAUGAGUCUAGGUGAAGUGCUCCAGCCUCGGGCCCUGAAUGCAGUUCUAAAGGAUGACAGUAAUACCAGAAGUCCGACCCUCAGUGAAACUGGCAUCAUAACUAGUGAAAGAGUGACCGAACUGCUCAGGGCAGAGAAGUACAACAUGAGUGAUGUGCCGGAGCCCUCCAGAGCUGGAGCUUUCCAGAGCAGCCACGACAGUGCCAGGGACUCCAAACUCCAUCUGGCUUUCAUGGGCCAGUUCAGAGAAGGGGCUUUGGAUUACACUGUUCCUCCUUCGUCUCUCUCCCAGGCUGACUUCUACCCGACCACGUCCUGCACAUCCUCUAAGCCAGGCCCUGUGGAGCCGCUGUCCUCCAAGGCAGAGAACCGAGAGUACCAGGAUGGCACUUCCCAGACGGUGCCUGACAUCCAAGACCACACUUCCCAAACGUCUCCUGAGGUGUCCCAGACACUGCUGUCUAAGACCACGGUCCGCCACCAUCAUUUCAUUGAGCCGCAUCCGUGUAUUCCUGUAAUCCCGUGUGUUCCUCCGGUUCCGUGUGUUCCUCCAGUUCCAUGCAUUCCUUCAGUAGCAGCCUUAGGACCUCGCUUACUGUGUCCCAAUACGCUGAGGAUAUUUUAUAAGAACCCAAGGACAUCUCCCUACGUACAUUCCAGCAUUAACUCUGGCAGAUCUCACGUGGGCCAGCCCAUUGUGGAGUUCCCGUCAUGCCGUGAUUCUGUAGUACCCACUGAAACUUCGUGGCGUCUGGAUUCUCAGAAGAAAACGGUCAGUGUGGUUGAGAGUAUGCCCCCGAAGCAGGAGGAGCAGGCCUCCAGCUCGGAGAGUGCCCCUGGUGACUUCCCCAAGUCUGAGCAAGCUAAGAAGAGGUCGGUGCCCCUAAGGAUUCCUUCCACAACUUUCUAUUAUAAGGAGGAUUUAAAAAUUGUUUCUGAACGUGUCCAAAGGCUCAUCGACCGUUGGGAUUCAGAGCUCAUUGAGAUCAGUGCCCACACUGCCCCUAAGCCUACCCUGAAGACUGUGGGGACUAGCAAGGAGACGACCAAGCUCACCUUUUUUGACAGUAAGGAGAUACCUGUAUCAGAAUACGAAUCCAAAACAGACAAAGGGCUCCACUCUCUCUUGGUGGAGGCGGAGAACAAUGCGCGGAAGCGAUUCAGCAACGCCUCAGCUCUUCGAGCUGACACCAUGUCUCCUUGGCCCAGCAGGCUGGAGGAAUCCAAGGAACCCUCUUUGAAGAAGGACUCGGCGGGCCUUUCCCAGAGGUCAACGAGGGACGAAACCCUGGUCUCCACUGGGAAGGUGGAGACAAGUGCCCUCACAUAUUUCCCUUCUCAGAGAGAGUCUGGGAGAACUUCUGUUGAGGAAAUGGAGAGUAAGGCCCGAGUGGCCAUGAGGGAGACCCUCAGACAGUAUGAAAACGCCCGGUCGGUGCCGAGGUGUGAGUCGGGCAGAAGUGGUGCCUUCACUGGGCAUAAAUUUCCAGUGCCUUUGAUGCCUUUUGUAGGCAAUCAUUCAAGUAGCGAUUUCAAUGAUGGGAGAGUUUCCUAUGUCUGGGACCCCUUUUUGGGGUACCUGCCCGCCAUCCCCAGCCAUGAGUACAUGGGAGAUGUCCGGGAUCUGUCUGAUAGUGAUGAAGGCUGUAGCAGCGAUGACUCCUUGGCUGCCCACGUGGAGCAUAUUCUCAAGUGCGAGUCCCCUGUGAGCUUUGCCACGCAGGUGCUGCGGAGUGCAGAGGAAGAGGAGUGCAGAGUCCGCGCACGUGCCUGGAACCUCAAGUUUAACCUGGCUUCCAAGUACGGAGACUUCAUGGCAGAUCUGGAUGAAGAGGACAUGAGGAAGAUGGAGGAGAUCAAGGCCAGCCUGUUUGGCUGUGAGAGGCCGCUGGACAUGAUCCAGGGUUUGCCGUGCCCGGUGGGGAUGAGAAAUAUCCCUGAAACAUUUUGUAAUCAUCUCUUUAUUGAAGCUCAUGAAAAAGGCUGCUUCAGAACUAUGGCUAAUGACCAAUCUGACAACCCUUCUCGUGGCUUCAGAUCUAAGGAGACUGCAGAGUCCCAGCCUCCUUUUUCCCAGCCACCUCUUUCCCAGCCUCCCCUUUCCCAGCCUCCCCUUUCCCAGCAUCAUGGCCGUUUCGUGGCAGAACAGGGUCAGCUGAAGCCAAACACACGUCGUGUAGCAGACAUGGAGGCAGAGGCGGACUUCAGAGUACGUCCAAGCUCCCCACCUCUAGACGGAGAAGUGUCUUCUUCGUUUCCAUGCUCUUCAAGCAAAAGGGCCAUCUCUUAUCUUCGGAUUACGCUCUCCCCCAAUCCUUGCAGUGGCACGCUGAAUGGGGAGACUUUCCUGAAAAGGCAGCACACGAUGGAUGCUGGCACUAGAACAAGACUUCAGAAUUCACUGAGUGUGGCCACACGUCCCUCAAAGCCUUGCUUGCCUAUGCCUAUGCUGCUGUGCCCUCCAGAAUCGACCUUACCGCUACCAGAUAAAGAGUUCUUAGAUUGUCUACCUCACAGGAACGGCCAGCCUUUGAAAUCCUUUUCAAGGCAAACCCAAGUUAAUUGUUCAGAUUUGGAGGCUCACUCACAUUCGAAAGGAGUCCCGAACACUGAUAACUGUGUAACAUUCGAUAACUCCAGGAAUGCAUAUCCUGCCUCUUCUCUCAAGUUGUCAUCGGAUGCCAACACUCAGAUAACAACAACUGAGGGUUCAGAAAAGACCACAAUUUCAUCAGAGAUUUUUAUUAGUUCUCACAUCCCUAACAAGCCAUCUCAUGGCCCAACUGCCCAGCCUUCACUGCUGCCAUAUAAGCCUUCUGGAAGCGCCACCAUGUAUUACGUUCCAAACUCAGCGGAGCCACUCCCGUACCCUGUGGCCAAAUCCGAUACCACUGUGGAGAGCACCCACUCAGGCUCCAAUGAUGCUAUUGCUCCAGAUUUCCCCCCUGAGGCUCUUGGCACAAGGGAUGAAAAUGUGUCCGACAUUGUAAACAUCAAACAUAAAGAGGGAAUCUAUAGCAAGAAGACUGCAUCUAAGUCAGCCUGGACUGAAGAAGAAAAUCCCACUCCAAAAAGUGGGGCAGAAUCUAAGAAUCAGUUGGAAGCUGAAAACACAACUCAUUCUGUCUUCAAGUCGGCCCAGUUUUACUUUCACCAUCCGGUGCACCAUCAUGAUUUCCUCUCCUGCUGCGAGCCCUGGGGAAGGGGCGCUCAGCUGCUUCACUCCAGAGGAGUCCCCGGACUCUGUCCGCCUUUUGAAGACAACAGUGGGUUCUACCCGUUACAGACUGAAAUGGAUUACACCAGAAUAGAAAGUUACUGUGUGAAUGUAGGGGGCUCUGAAGUGCGGGGGGCCCAGCAGCGGCUCGAUAAGAGUCAUGAAGUCAGGGUUCCCCCAGGGAGCCCAAGGAUCAGCUUCUCGCUGGCCCCGACGCUCCAGCCCAGCGCAAGUCUGAAUGAGCUCUGGAACAGGUUUCAGGAGCGACACAAGCAGCAGAAACUGCCGGCUUCCAACUCCUCCAAAGAGUUGUCCUUGGUUGACCGUCUAGAUCGCCUGGCCAAGGUUCUUCAGAAGCCCGUGAUGCUUUCUCUGCAGGCUUCCAGGUCUGCCCAGGCUGAUGGCAGCGGGGAGGGCACCUGGCAGCAGCAACCCCAGCCAAAGAAGGAUGGAGAUGAGCCCCUCUCUCCCUGCGCAUUGAGAUGGGUCUCCCGGGCUUCAUUUGUCUUGGCCAGUGGUCAUCAGAACAAGGCCGGCCAUCCCAGAGAGCCAGGGGCCAAUUCUGUGAGCCCCGUCUCUUCAGACUCACGUGUGCAUGAGCCCAUGGAUGCCAUGUUUGAGUCUGACUUGACCCAAACUGAUGGAGAAGCAGACCCGCUAGGUGAGGUGAGCAGUGAUGCAUCCGUGACUCAGAAAGUCCUAGAUAGGAAGCAUGGAUCCCCCAGACGGCAGCACAGGCAGAUGGAGGGGAGCAGGAGAGGAACGAAGUCCCGACCAACCGCCCUUCAGGUCAGAAGAAAAGGCGUUCAGGUGGAUUCCGUCACUUCCUUGGACUCGGGCUCGACUGACAGUAGUUCUUGGAGUAUACACACUACUCCCAGGAAUAAGCAGAAUGUCCGGAUGUUAAAUAAGGCUGUUCAAACAGGGGAAUUGGAGAUUGUGAGAAAUACAAGGAAGCAUACUCAGGAUUUUGGGGUGACUUUUCCAACCCCAAAUUAUAAUGCAACUGAUAAGAGAGCAGACAACUAUGUGAACUAUUCAGGGCCAGGAAGCAGUUCUGAAGAAAAGAAGCCUCUGACUCUGCACCUGUGGACCAAGAAGCCAAGGAAAAGUAAACCUAAUUGUUGUGAAGCUGCUGAAACGUUUGACAAUGUAAUGCGUGUUUUCCGUUUGUUGGUGGCAUUAAGCGUCCUCACCUUUGGCUUAACAUCACAGUUCCUGGAAGGGCAGGAGGGUCUGGAGCUCCAGGAAAAGCUAGAUGGGUUCCUGACCCAGGCUGCCCUAAAAGCCCCUUCUGCCAUAUCACUAACAAUUGUAUUUACGUCCACCCUGCAUUUGUCCCAGAGAGUCACCUGGGGGGAUUUAGACCCUCCUUUCCCUAGGCCCACAGGGCCUGCCCAUAGGCCCUGGACACCCCAAUUAUCUGGUUUCCUACCCCUUGCCACCACCUCUGCUGCUGCUGCCUCUCCUCCUAUCUUCACCUGCUGCUGUUUGCUCACGACUGGAGAUAUCAGCCUAGGGGUUUCCUGGUUUAUUCCUGCAGAAAACUUGCGAUGUGCCUCUAAGAAGGAGAAUCAGGCCAGUGGUGUCUCUGGCCCCGGCCCCUCCUGGUUCGCCUCUCUGACUUACAACAAGCCCUGGAGGCAGCCCCUUCGAGAAAAGAACGGCCAGACGGAGAGCAGAGUGAGUUGUCGCCUCCAAGCCAUGUCCCCCGAUCUCGAUGACGAGGAGGCCCAGAGACGAUUUGUGAAGGCGGGCCUGCAGGAGUGCCUGGAGAGGAACCGUCCCGACUUCAUCUCCAACUCUGGAGCCCGGGUGAAGCGGCUGAAGUUAAUCACGGAGGAGAGAAAACUGCAGCAUUUGUUACAAAGGGAGCGGGAUGCCUUGUUCAACACGGCGGAGCAGCAGAAGGAGUCCCAGGAUUUUGCCUGCUUUCUCUCCAAGAAAGGUCAGGUGACUUUGAGGAGCAGGACAAUUACCAAGAAGGAAAUGGUGCAACGCUCGAAAAGGAUGUAUGAGCAGCUUCCUGAGGUGAGGAAGAAGAGGGAAGAAGAGCAGAGGAGGUCGGCCUACACUACCUACCGCGUUAAGGCUCAGCUCUACAAAAUGAAAAUCACCAACCGUGUCUUAGGGAGAAAAAUCCCCUGGGACUGACAAGCAAGAUGAUCUCCUUUCGGUUCUUAGAUGUGGAUUUUAGGUUUUUACAAAUUCUAGACUUCUGUCUGCGUGGGUAUAGUGUGUGAAUAGUAGCUGAAUAAAUGUUUUUGUGUGUGUUUAAUAAAAGUUAGUUCAUUUUCUUGUGCAGAUUAGAAAUAAUCACUUUGAGGGGCCUGGGGAGUCCGGGCCGCUAAUUUGGAUCACUAAUGGUUGGUGGAUGUUGCUUUCUCUUGGUGACUCUUCCCCACGACUGGAAGUGAUGGCUCGCUCUCAUUUCCUGCCAGAAGCAGGGCUGUGUUUGUGUGUGUUUUUGUACUUAAAAAUAAAUG